CGCAUCGCAUUCUCCAGCACUCACCUCAUCGCCGCUCUCUCUCUCUCUCCGUCGCACUCGUCACCUCACAUCGGGCACCUACACCUAUCCGUCCUACGCGCGCCCUUUCGCAUCGUUCGCCGGUCACACGUGAGACCGGAAAGAGUGACUCCUGGCAGACAACCCGCGGCGAACGUACGUGAGAGGGACGGAGACUCUCGUGAGAAAGGCGACGGGCCAGCAGCGGCUCGUCGUGUGUUCUGCUGACGGCGUCUUCGGGACACUCACGGCGCGAGGAGGACCACCCGCGGUGCACGCAUGGGUCCGCCGCGGCAGGACGGCGCGAUGUCCGUACGCGCCAAGAGUGAGAACGGAAGGCAGAAGAAGACGGACGAUGGUGCGCGAAAUUGGUGGUGGACCACCGCGGGCAGGAAGAGCGGUGAGGAACAGCCGCUCCAGGAAUCGUCGGCGAAUGAACGCGGCUGCAAAUCGGCCACGGCGGCGUGGAUGUCUUUGCUGUCGCUCUGCGAUCGGAUGUGCGGCACCGCCGCGUGGCUCAUCCCGGUCACAUGCCUUCGCGCGGAGGGCCGGGGAGAAGUGACAGACAUCAGCGCAAGUCCUGGGAGGCAAGCACCUGCCAACCAGUUGCGCCCCAAGGAACCACCCCCCAUGGUCAUUCAAGGAGACUUCAGGAAGGUGAGCGGGAUCAGUACAGAGAUCUUCAAGCAGAUCGAGACUGUCGAAAACGAUCAUGACGCUUCGACAGCGGCGGCCCUCGAAGCUGUCGAGCGGAGAGGCGAGAUGGUCGUGCGUGUCAUCGAGCCUCGGCAAAUGGGUAGACAGGCUUCCGAGGCGGCGAAAAAAUUUAUCGCUAUGCAGGAUCCCAAGCACCCCAUUCACUUCAUCGAGAUAAUCAAACGACCGGGACAGACCCUCGGCCUCUACAUACGCGAGGGCAACGGCGUCAACAGGAACGACGGGGUCUUUAUCUCCAGGAUAGCCCUGGAGACCGCCGUCUACAACAGCGGCUGCUUGAAGGUGGGCGACGAGAUCCUCGCGGUGAAUCUGGUCGACGUGACACAUAUGAGCCUGGACGAUGUCGUGAUCAUCAUGUCGAUACCGCGACGGCUCGUCCUGGCUACGCGACACGGACCGCAUCAGCCGAUCUCGCACAGCCACCAGACCGAGCACAAGGCGCCGCCCGUGGUGGUCAUCAAGCGGGAGCUGAACGAGGACGAGAACGACCACGCGACGAGUAACCACGUCAGAGAUGGCAGCAGCCGUAGACGGGGCGACGGGCGCGAGAUGUUGCCGUCGCGAUCGCGACUCGGUCUCACGGGUUUGGGAUCGAACCAGGAUCUCGGAUCGAGCAAUGGCGAUCUGUACUACAAUUCACGGCCAGAGGGUCACUGGUCAUAUCAACCGCCACCGCCGCCGGUUAUCACGCACCAGCCGAAACCAUCGUCGACUCAACACUUUCAGCCGUACGAGCGCGGUUACCCGAAGACAUUGGAGAGCUUAGCUGAGAAAGAUUUCACAAAGGUACACCCUUUCUACACGGGGCCCAUGAUGCCUUCGUCGAACGGCGGCCGGCGUAUGUCGACGGGCGCCGGGAUGCAAUCAGUCGGCGGCAGAUUGUCGGGACAGACCGCGCAGUCGACCCAUUACGGCGGCUACGGCCAGCACACCGGAAGCGGAAGGAUCAUGCCGAGAAGUGGUUCCGACCAGCACCUACCACGAGUCGAUUACACGAGUAUCACGACGCCGACGCGACAUACCCUUCUUAGAUCCAGCUUGAAAUCAGGUACAUCAGCAUUGCGUUAUAACACGAGGUACGGACAGACUGAUAUAUCGUCCGCCGUGCAGAGACAAGGACAAUUCGGCACGUUGACGAGACGACACCGGCCGUCAUUGGACUACGCCUCAGACACCGAGGCUACGUGCUCCAGCUCGCCAAAAUCAGCGUAUUACUAUUAUAGGCACAACAUGAACAAUCCACCUCAAAGUAGCGUCGUAUCGCACUUAGCUACCCUUUCGAGGUCACAAAUCGGUCAGAGUUCCUCAGGUUUAAGGUCAAACUCACUACCACGAAGCGGUCGGACGUUGCCCCAGCAGCCUGGUCUCAGGUCGGGUCUUAGCACGGUCGCGUCCGGCCUGAUCGAUCAAGAGGACAGCGACGGCGCUCUAUCGGCGCCGGAAUUACCUUCCAUCAGGCGUGACAGAGGCAGAAUACCGUCCUCGCCGAGCGUAUUUACAUCGGACGAGUACCGCGCCUGGCUGAGCCGCACACCAAGUACCAGCGCUCUGUACGAGCAGAUCAGGGCGACCACAAGUAGACCACCCCGUUACACCUACAGUGCCGAGAAUAUUCACGCGGCUGUUAAUCAGGGUGACUACGGCAGUUACGGCGGGUACAGACCGCUCUCGAGCACGCUCGAUCGUCUGUCAACGAGAUCGGCGUCGGUCCAGCAGGUGAACCUCGCGAAUCUCAGAGCGUCGACGGCGAUCAGCUCGACGUGUCAUCGCGGUACAACGAAUCCAAGGCCCGCGUCAGUGGCGUCUAGCGCGCGCUCGUCGCUAGCGGGUCAGAAACCUUCGUUGGCGAGCUCCGUGAGCCAACGUGCAAUGUCGGUCAGAAGAAUUAGAAACCUGCUGGAUCUGGAGUCCACGAGAAGCAUACCUACCCCAACGCCUACCAGAACUCAGGGUCAAAUACUGCUAGAUAUUAAUCCUGCAGAGUUCCUCAAGUAUAAAAUAGAAAAGCCGCCGACCGUGGGCACUCCGAGCUCGACAAGUUCGCUUUUGAGCUCGCUUGGGGAGACAACCAGUGGCGAUUUUGCGAGUGGAGUCAGUGGAUUAUUGUCGGUCCAUCUUUUAGCGGGACGUGGUCUUCGAUCGACUACGACCUCAUCGGCCGCCACUACACCUUCCACACCCUCGGGUCAACCAAACUUAGCUAGCUGCGGCUUGAGAGACUUGUACUGCGUGCUGGAGUGUGACAGGGUGCACAAAGCGCGCACCGUAGUGCGCACCGGCGACCUGAUGUUCGACUGGGACGAAACCUUCGAGCUGGACCUCGUGGGCAAUCGGCAGCUGGAUCUGCUCGUUUACUCUUGGGACCCACAGUACAGGCAUAAACUCUGUUACAAGGGAUCGGUGCACUUGGCGAGUCUGCUGAAAGAAUCGCCGGUGCACCAGCUGGCCGUCAAAGUCGAGCCACGUGGUACAAUCUACUUGAAAUUGCGAUACACCGAUGCCCAACAAACCUUCCGCCGAAGAGGUCUGCCGGUCAUAUCUUUAGCUACAAGAGUGGCACCUCUUUUCGGAGUUGAUUUAGACACAGUGGUAAGCCGAGAGACCAAAACUGGCGGAGUUCCGGGCGGAGUUUCCACGGCUUUGGCGAUGGGAAUGCCGAACGUACCGAUCAUCGUGUGGCGUUGCGUCGAAGAGGUGGAGAGAAGAGGACUCGAUAUUAUCGGUUUGUAUAGACUCUGCGGUUCAGCGACUAAGAAGAGGAUACUUAGGGAAGCUUUCGAGAGAAAUGCACGAUCCGUAAAUCUAUCGCCCGACAACGUGCCGGAUAUCAAUGUCAUCACUGGCGUUCUAAAGGAUUAUUUACGAGAACUUCCGGAACCUCUCUUCACGAAGUGCCUCUACCAAAUGAUGGUCGACGCACUGGCCGUCUGUUUGCCGGACGACCCGCAGGGCAACGCUAAGCUUAUGUUCAGUAUAUUAGAUUGUCUGCCUAAAGUUAAUAGGUGCACGUUGAUUUAUUUGCUGGAUCACCUGGCGAUGGUCGUCUCGCAGUGCAAUAAAAUGUCACCGACGAGCCUCGCUGUUUGCUUCGGUCCAGUAUUAAUGUUACACUCGGAGGAAAGCGGACCCCCGCUGGAUUUCCAGCAACCAAUCGCCGUGCUUAAAUAUUUGCUGGAGAUUUGGCCAGUCAAGUCAGUUCGGAAGACUUCUUCAGUCGGUUCAACACUUCCUCGAGUUACGCCAGCAGUCGAGCGCAGCAACAGUCAACAGCAUCUGCAGCAAGCGCAACAGCAGGUGCAUCAACAGCAGCAACUACAGGGAACAUUGGGACGCACAGGGCUGCCCUGGCAGCAGCCACCCUCACUUCAUCAUCAACCCCAAACUACAGUAGCCGCAGUCCACGGGCCCUCCAUUCGUCCUCCACCACCGGUCAAGCCUCGACAGGUGAUAGUCUCGUCUCCCGGUUCACCUAGCAGCGAGGAGUCAGAGGCCUCGCCGGAGCCGAUUAACAAGGGCCUUCUGACCGGCCUGGGAUUUGAGAAGAACGACGAGACGGCGGCGACGACGACGACGACAACAACAACGACGACGACUACGGCCGGCAACGGCAUCGUUGGCCACGCCGUCGAACAGAUUACGCCGACGAGCAGCGUCGAUACCGAGGAGGGCAACCUCCAGCAUCCCGAGGAGGGCGAGAAGGGCGUCGAGGGUGAUGUCGAGGCGAGCGACGACGAUCGACACCAGCGCAUACCAAAAACGCACUAGACUCUCUUAUCCGCCGCCUGUCAUCCCGCAUACAACGUGCGCAGUGAAUAACGGAGAGGCUACACAAUCAACAGGAACAAACAUCGGAGAUCGAGAACUGCUGCGUGACUUUGUCGAAGAAUACAACCGAAUAAUAAGAUUUGCCGGAAGAGAUAAACCGGUCGGCUCAGGAAAUAAAAUCCGAAAUUGCGGAAAGCCGCUUACAGUUAAUCGUUAACUUCAUCGGACUUAGUUUCUAAAUAAGCAGGAUAAGAAACACAUGUCAAAGCAAUUCUAUGCGAGGGAAGGAAAAUCUUUUAGGUUUUCAUCGCACGGUGCUAAUACACGAAUGUCCUAUCGUAGAAAUCUUUAUUGCGCACCCGGAUCGUAAACCACCGCGAUUGAUUUUAGUCAAUUGUGUCGGGCGUGUUAGCUUGCGAGGAUUUGCUAAAGCUCAGCAAGAAGAAGCAAGCGUAUAAAAAAAUGAUCCAGCUGCUGCGUAACGAAAUUAAAAUUAGCAUACAAUUUUUUUUUCUAUAAAAAUCGCAUCUUGGUUUAUCGGUUUCCAAUCAAAAUUAAUUUUGUGAAAAAUAAAAAACAUGGCAUGAGAUAAAACGUCACAUCAGCACAGAUCAAGAGUCGAUAUGCCGUAAAACAACAGCAACCAGAAUCGAAAAUGAUAAAAAAAAGUGCAACUAUGAAGAGUCAUUGCUGGCGAAAAAAAAUUCGAGCAACCGAAACGCGUUUAGUCCUCCGCACAUUACAGAAUUUUCUCCGAGCACUCCAGUCACGACCUUUUGAGAAUUAUGGUCUCUCAAAGCGAAUAGCAGAUAGAUCGCGGAUGAAUCCAUCGCGCACACUUUACCCUCGAUACUCUUUUCCGGAAGUUACAUAAAAAAGAUGAGGAAAAAAAAAAGAGGAAAGGACGAGAUUGUCGUUGGCAUCACUAUCAUCACGUCAUCAACACGACUCACACAUGAUACGCAACACAGAGAACUUAAGCGAGCAAGCCGAUUAAGGCGAGGAGGAGCGCACGUGGCAUGCAUAAAGAAUAAUCAGUUUAUAUGCGAUAUAUAUAUAUAUAUAUAUAUAUAUAUAUAUACAUAAUUAUAUAUACAUACGUAGACUAGUCACGAUAUUACGUGUGCUUUUGAUAAAAAACUAUUACUUGUAGCGUUAGCUAGCUCUCAUAUACACAAACAAAGGGAUAUACAUGAACAAACAAACCGACAAACAAACAAACUACAACUAACUAGACGAUAUACAUAAUAUACAUAAAGAUGUUAUACAUAUGUCAGAAGGGAAGGGCGAAGAGGAAAAGCGCGAGGACACAGCGGCGUUUCUACAUCAUCGACAAUAGAACGCGUAACAGAAUCGUUUGUGAACAUGCUUGCGUUACAAGGAUGUAGAUACAGCAAUCGAUUGGCUAUUGUAUCAAUACCGCCGACGGAUCGAUUGUCCAAGAUCGGAUCGUGAUUGGUUUGGUGGACGGAAAAGGGGGUGGCGAGAGAUGGAAGCUGACCGAAAACGAUAAUAAUUACGAGUUUAAACAAAGAAAUGCUAUGAUUAAUUAUACUUUUAAAAAGAGAACGUAAAAAAAAAAACGAGUAAAAUAGCCAGUAUUAUUAUACGUCUAAAUCUGUAAAACGGCGAUCGCGAGAGUGUGAGUGAAUGUGAGGGUGAGAAAGAGAGGGAGAGAAAGCGAAACCUGCGAAUAGUUUAAACGUAAAAUAACGAACGAUCGAGAAGGAGUAAAGACACAAAGGGAAGAUAAACUAUCGUAGACACAAGCGUCGCCUUUGUUGUGAACAAUCGAGCGACGACGAAAUACGCACUCACGAUUCCCGAACGAAGCCACGAGGGAAGCGAAUCGCCAGACUUAUCGUCGCCAUUGAAUUAUCACCGUCGAUUCGAUCUCGCUCGUGGUUUGGUUCGCAAAGGAGAAAAAUAAAAAAGUAAAAAAGCACUGUAAUCUCUGUAUAAACACACACAUCACACACACACACACACACAUACACACACGCACGUAUAAAUAGAUACAUACAUCCGUAACUCUUUUUUCCGCACAGUUAGUGUUACCGCGCGUGUUAUUUAAGAGUUUAGGGCAAAGAGCAGAUUGGGAGGGAGAAAUGAUGUUUUAAUUCAAGUAGUCACGAAACCGAGACUAAUUGUAUAGCUGAAUGUAAUGUGUAUAUAACAUACAUACAUAUACAUAUAUAUAUAUAUACAAUAUAUAUAUAUAUAUAUAUAUAUAUAUAUAUACGAGUCGCCAUAACGCAAUCCUAGCUGUAUCCAGCCCCAAACCGUGUGUGACUUGUCGUUCGAUGUGCGCGCGCGAGCGAAUGCCGGGUACCGAAAGUGUCCUUUUUCGUUUUCCCGUGGGAAAUUUAAAGGAAAUUUAAACUUUCCAAGAUAAUCAAGAAAGUAAAGUCCCUGAAUUUUUUAUAGAAAUAAAAUCUGCAAACAAGUCAAUCUCGAAACUUCAUAUUCCUUUUUCAUCUUUCAGUCGAAAUAAUCAUCAGGAUUAAAAUUGUUUGCAAACGAGAUUUCAUAAAAUAUUUGUUCAAGAUGAAUUGAAACAUUUUGAACACAAGUUUUUAAUUUAUCUUUUUAAAUGAAUCCGACUCGUCGUGCAGUUCCUAUAUUUCACUUGCUCGUAGAGGAAUUGAAUAGCUACUUCAGGUAUGAGUUACGUAUUAUUUCAUAAAUGGUCAAGCGACGAUGUUCGUAUUAUUAAGUAAUCUAUAAUGGCAUUGUGUUUGCGCUUUAAAAUUCGUAUACUAUAACGCGUAGGCUUAUUAUGACCGAUAUGGUCUUGUCUCUUCGAUCAUUGCAACAUAUGAAGGAGAGAUAGACACACAUCAGACACACACACACACACACACGAAGACGAUAUCCGGUGUUCCUCGCCCGUCCUGAUUCUAGUAAUAAAUCGAUUAUGCGUCAGAAAGAAUGUAUGCAAGAGAGUGCGAGAGAGAGCAUGAUUAACAUUAACUAUUAUACAUGGAAGCACACUGCCGCAAUUUUAUAUAAUUGACUGUUGUUAUACCUAUACCUACGUGCAUAUAUAUUAUAUACAUAUAUAUAUACAUUAUAUAAUAUAUAAUAAUCGAGACUUAACAAACCGCGUGAUACGUGUCGAUCGCAAGGAGUCCAGGAUAUGGAACCAGCGAGUUAGUUUGAAUUAGUUUCUUCCGCUAACGCGGGUCUCUUUCGUCCGAAAUCGCUUAUUAAAUAUCCUUCGACGCCGGCAAGGAUCACGUUUCAAAUCCCUAAUUAAACCUUACAAAUCGGGAAAUUUCCGAGACACAACACGCUUUUACGGAUUACAAAUAUUUAAUGAGUGUCUUUAUAUUCGAGAUAUCUAAAUAUCCGCAAUCUUAGAUAUUUGCCUAUCUAAGAAAUCGGCGUCAAUAUAAAAUAAUAUUUACUCCAAAAAUAAUUACUUGCGAGUAUAGAAAACGUUAAUAUUACGUAAUCUUGUGAGUUGCGUAAUUUUUCGUUAAUUUCUCCUUAUCAGUGAGGGAAAACGUGGCCGCUGGCCGAAGGAUCGGCAUGACGGUGGAAGCUCGUUAAAGAAUACUACUAUUAUUACUAUUACCCUUCGGGAUUUCGCGUCCCACAUCUGCAAUAAACGCGAUAAUCUUUUCGAAAGUACCCCUCUGUUCGCGCGCCAUAAACUGAAUGCAACGCGAAGUCCUUCGAGAGUUUUCGUAUCGCUCGCGAAGGAUAACCCUUUGGUCGAAUUGAGCUAAUUGUAAGCAGGGACGCGGCCAACAGACACAAUAAUUCGUGCUCUCGAUUUUUUCACACAAUCGAUCCCUCACACCUUUCUUCAUAUAUUUUUUUUCCUUUCUAUCUACUCCCUCGCGAUAUCCCCAAAAGAUAGCGGAAACAUAAAAUAUUCCGAUCACGCACAUUAUUGAUCAGCUGUAUUGUACCAUCGAGUCUAGUCUCUCGUUGCAAAUUCACGACGCUUCGCGAAGUCGAUGGAUUUGAGAAAGAGAGGCGAGUACAUCGAAAAGAAUCGGACAGACUAGAUAAACGAGAAAGAGAAUCGGAAAGAGACACACGCAUGACGAAAAAAUUCGCGAGGACAGAAAAGAGUUAGUCAAGAUCGCUCGAGAGCCACGUUACAAUAUUUGCAGGAAUGCUUACUGAAAUAGCAAGGGGACGAUAGACGUGUCGAAAGUCAGCGAGGAAGAACGGACCGAGCAAGGGGCAAUAUACAAAUCUAAUUUUUUAACGUACUCGCAUUACCUGAUUCUCUCGUGAAAUCGCAUUUCAUUCGUCGACUAAUUAUUAUUAUUACUUGUGGAGGAAUUCGCAUUAAGUGGAUUCAUGGACUUGUAUUCUCGAUUUUAGGAUUCGUCUCUAAUGAACGGUCUUUGCGAGCACAUUUAUAUGUAAGAAAUAGCUCGGUAUAUUAGAUUUUUUUAUUUGCGAUAUGAGCAAAUAAUUGAUAAUUAAAAAAAACACAUUUUUAGCCAUAACUGAGAAUCUUAGAAAAUUCUAUGGCUCAUAUUUUUGACAAAAUUUGAUAUUUCUCAAUGA